AUGGACUUACACCGGGCAGCGUUCAAGAUGGAGAACUCGCCCUAUCUCCCCAACCCGCUGGCCUCCCCAGCACUGAUGGUUCUCGCCUCCACCGCCGAAGCCAGCCGUGAUGCUUCCAUUCCUUGCCAGCAGCCGAGGCCUUUCGGGGUCCCUGUGUCAGCAGAUAAGGACGUGCAUAUUCCCUUUACCAAUGGCUCAUAUACUUUUGCCUCCAUGUAUCACCGGCAAGGUGGGGUGCCGGGAGCGUUUGCAAACCGUGACUUUCCUCCGUCCUUGCUUCACCUCCACCCCCAGUUUGCACCCCCCAACCUGGACUGCACCCCGAUCAGUAUGUUGAACCACAGCGGCGUUGGGGCUUUCCGCCCCUUUGCAUCUACUGAAGACCGGGAGAGCUACCAGUCAGCCUUUACGCCGGCCAAGCGCCUGAAAAACUGCCAUGACACUGACUCACCCCAUCUGCGCUUCUCCGACGCUGAUGGGAAGGAGUACGAGUUUGGCACGCAGCUCCCCUCCAGCUCCCCCGGCUCCCUCAAAGUUGAUGAUACGGGGAAGAAGAUCUUUGCCGUUUCUGGCCUCAUUUCUGACCGGGAGACCUCAUCCAGUCCUGAAGACCGAAGUGACAGAUAUAGAAGCGACAACCAAAGAGGGCCCCAGGCGUCUGCAACUGCCACUCAUCGUAUGAUUUUAACUCUCCCCCUCUGCAAAAAGAAAGCAACUUUGUUUGACAGCCAGGCUCCGAUCUGCCCCAUCUGCCAGGUCCUCCUUCGCCCCGGGGAGUUGCAGGAGCACAUGGAGCAGGAGCUGGAGAAGCUCACCCAGCUGAACAUCAGCAAGAGCUCCAUCCUGAAGGAUGCCAUGGCAGCGGGCACCCCCAAGUCAAUUUUGUUGUCAGCCUCAAUCAAGCGGGAAGGAGAUUCUCCGACAGCGUCGCCCCACUCCUCAGAUGACAUCCAUCACUCGGACAGAUACCAGACCUUCCUGCGGGUGCGAGCGAACCGGCAGACCCGGCUGAACGCUCGGAUUGGAAAAAUGAAACGGAGGAAGCAAGACGAAGGGCAGGUAUGUCCCCUCUGCAGCCGACCUCUGUCAGGAUCCGAGGAGGAGAUGAGUAGGCAUGUGGAACAAUGCCUUGCAAAGAGAGAAGGUUCAUGCAUGACUGAGGAUGACUCCGUGGACAUCGAGAACGAGAACGGGAACCGCUUUGAAGAGUACGAGUGGUGCGGGCAGAAGAGGAUACGGGCUACUACUCUCCUGGAGGGAGGAUUUCGAGGUUCUGGGUUUAUCAUGUGCAGCGGCAAGGAGAAUCCAGACAGCGACGCUGACCUGGAUGUGGAUGGGGAUGACACACUUGAAUACGGGAAACCACAGUACACAGAGGCAGACGUUAUCCCUUGCACUGGGGAAGAGCCAGGUGAAGCCAAAGAGAGGGAGGCGCUCCGAGGUGCUGUUUUAAAUGGUGGCACACCCAGUACUCGAAUAACACCGGAGUUUUCUAAAUGGGCCAGCGACGAAAUGCCCUCAACGAGUAAUGGUGAAAGCAGUAAACAGGAGACCAUGCAGAAGACCUGUAAGAACAGUGACAUUGAAAAAAUUACAGAAGACUCUGCAGUGACAACAUUUGAAGCGUUAAAGGCUCGUGUCCGUGAGUUAGAAAGGCAGCUUUCCCGUGGGGACCGCUAUAAAUGUCUCAUUUGCAUGGACUCCUACACAAUGCCCCUGACUUCCAUUCAGUGCUGGCACGUGCACUGUGAAGAAUGCUGGCUGCGGACUCUGGGUGCCAAGAAGCUCUGUCCCCAGUGUAACACCAUCACGUCUCCUGGAGACCUUCGGCGCAUCUACUUAUGAAGGACCCAGUGGGAGGGCGGGACCCAGCUAUUCGGCUCAGCUCAUCACACCAAGGGGGAGAAGAACGACAGCAACAAAAAAAAGACGUUUUAAAAUUUAAAGAAAAAACAAACCAGAGACUCCAGACAUGGACUCGAGGAUACAGGAGCAGUGGGGAGCCUCGGCUCCCAGGUCCCGCAUGUUGAGACCUCCUUCAGCACCUGCAGCGGGCAAAACCAAACCCUUUGUUGUGAAGCCCCCUUUUUUAAAACCAGUAUUCCCCAUCCACCUGUUUCCUGGAGCUGGCUUUGCAUCGCGGAUGGCUCGUGAGCCCUUCUUUGGACUGUGUUGUCGACCACUCUGCCCCCAGGAGACUGGGGAAGGGACCCUUGACAGAAAGAUGUUAAAUAACCUGUAACUUGUGUUCUUUGUUCAGUUUUUUGUUUUGUUUUUAUUUGUUUUGGUUUGGGUUUUGGUUUGGUUCUGUUUUGGUUUUUUGUGGUGUUCUAGUGAUAAAAAAAGGUUUAAAGAAAAAAAAAAAAAACAAA